AUGUUUGCUGCUGUCUCUCGCAUGCGUUUGGCGCCCCAGGCGCUGCUGCUGCUGCUGCUGCAGCUGCUGCUGCUGGUGCUGCUGCUGCACUGCAGCAGCAAUCAAGCAGAUGCUCUGCUGCGCCUCUGUCUGUCUUCCCCGCAGCAGCAGCCCCUCUUUGUUGCUCCCCCCCUCAAGCCCUUCUGCUCCUUUAACAGGCAGCAGCACCAGCCGUUGCUGCUGCAGCAGCAGCAGCAGCAGCGGCAGCAGCAGCAGCAGCAGCAGCAGCAGAUACUGCGCGCUGGGGGUCGCUCAGGAUCUGCUGCAAAGCCAACACAAAACGGUGUGAGUAAAAGACGCCGCAGGAGAAGCAGCAGCAGCAGCAGCAACAGCAGCAACAGCAGCAGCAGCAACAGCAGCAGCAGCAGCAGCAGGAGUUGGUUUGAUUUGUUAGGGCGGCCUUAUAUACCGCUAACGGCAUUCGAGCAGCAGCAGCAGCAGCAGCAGCAGCAGCAGCAAGCAGCAGAAGAUGCUGUCUUUUUAACCGCUCUACAGGAAGCCCAAGACGACCCCGAUGGGCCCAUUGUCUUCGGUGUGCUGCAGCAGCAGCAGCAGCAGCAGCAGCAGCAGCAGCAGCAGCAAGAAGAAGAAGAAGAAGGUUCGAGCAGACAACAGUAA